GUAGUUCGUAGUUAAGAAGCCCAGAGCAGCGGUAGUAGUACCCUGGAGAGUCGAGAGUUUGCUGAUCGGCAGCCAAGCCAAGACAGAGAGAAGGAGGCAACAGAUUCUGAGAUUUGGGGAAUCACUGUGAUGGGUCGCCAAUCCCUAGCUAAGCUGAUCGGUUCGAUCGCAUCACGCAAGCCAUCAUCAUCUCCGUCAAUAAUUCAGCGCCGUCACUACGCAGCCGCUCCGCCGCCGCCGGCUGUCUUUGUCGACAAAAACACUCGCGUCAUUUGCCAGGGCAUUACCGGCAAGAAUGGCACUUUCCACUGCGAACAAGCCAUCGAAUAUGGCACUAAAAUGGUGGGUGGUGUUACUCCAAAGAAGGGCGGGACCGAGCAUUUGGGACUUCCAGUCUUCAAUUCAGUUGCAGAAGCAAAGGCUGAAACAAAGGCUAAUGCUUCAGUAAUCUAUGUUCCUCCACCAUUUGCUGCCGCUGCAAUUAUGGAAGCAAUGGAAGCUGAGCUGGAUCUCGUUGUGUGCAUCACUGAGGGUAUCCCACAACAUGAUAUGGUACGUGUGAAGGCUGCUCUUAACAGCCAAUCUAAAACGCGGCUCAUUGGACCAAAUUGCCCUGGAAUUAUCAAGCCUGGUGAAUGCAAAAUUGGAAUUAUGCCAGGCUACAUUCAUAAACCUGGCCGUGUGGGAAUUGUUUCUCGAUCUGGUACCUUGACCUAUGAAGCGGUUUUCCAAACAACUGCUGUUGGCCUUGGACAAUCCACUUGUGUUGGUAUUGGGGGGGAUCCUUUUAAUGGUACAAACUUUGUUGAUUGCAUGGAAAAAUUCUUGGCAGAUCCUCAAACAGAAGGUAUCGUUCUUAUAGGAGAGAUUGGUGGGACUGCAGAAGAGGAUGCCGCUGCAUUGAUAAAGGAAAGUGGAACUGAGAAGCCAAUUGUUGCAUUUAUUGCUGGACUAACUGCUCCCCCUGGUCGUCGUAUGGGUCAUGCUGGAGCUAUUGUAUCGGGAGGAAAGGGAACAGCACAAGAUAAAAUCAAGACGCUUAGGGAAGCUGGGGUUACAGUGGUGGAGUCUCCUGCAAAAAUUGGGGUUGCCAUGCUUGAAGUGUUCAAGCAGAGGGGACUAGUGAACUAGUUUGGCAGUAGCAGCUCAUUUGCAAUCUCACCUAAAACAUGUGAUGGGGCAAAAUGUCCAAACAGCAAAUUUUAUACACUGAUCAAUUGUGGUGGAGCAUUUGAUUGCUCUGAGUUUUUUCAACCUGUUUUCCGCCUAUUGUGGUGUUUGAUAAUCAAUUAAUUUGUUCUUGAGAUUUUAACUUAC